CAAGUUAGUGCAUGGAAGAGGCUCUCAAAACGACCUGCCUAGAGAGAACGUAAGAAUGUCACCCUCCAGCAUGGCAGCCAGGUGAGCGAAUCGCGGAGAACUUCCCGCUCGAGUGAUGCACGGCGGACGGACGCUGCAGCUUGCAUGGCUGACGUGUUCGUUUCUGGUCCGAGAUAAACUCGCGCAAAGCUGUCGUGCUUGCGGGAAAAGGCUUUUCGCCAGCUCGUCUCCUAGUACUGUACAGUAGCAGCUAUCUUCUCUCCUGAAAACUGUAGUGUGGAACAGCAGUGGGCCAGCAUUCCCAGCUUCAACUUGAAGCUGUCGUUACUAGAGAGUGCGGCUCGACAUGUUUCUUCAUCAUGGCGUUUUGCCGUCUUUCCCCAACACUGUUACCCAAACGUUCGACGCCAUUGAUUGGUGGCCGCAUAAGAGAGCUGCUUCCGUUGAUGGAUAGACGGUCCACAUCCAAUGAAUGGAUGCCAUGGUUGCCAUGGCUGCUCCAACGUCUCUGCUGCAUGCUUGCCUGUUCGUUAGGCAGAAGAGCUGUUUUUUUCGUCUCGAGGGGCCCUCGCAUGGCGUUGCCAUUCAUCAGUCUCUACCCGGCGGAAGUACGCUGCUGUCAGUACAGUAUGGAUCCGCGAGCUUUACUGGGGAAAGACAGCCGAAAUGACGCUGACGGAGGGUGGCUGCUUCGUCUUCGCAUCCAGCGGCAGGCAUCCUCCCAGAACUCCGUCCCUCCACUCCAUCCCUCUCCCUGUCCGUCUGUCACGGACGGACACAGUGUCCACCAUCUCCAAGGUUUGCACAGCCCGGGGCUCCCGGCUCCCAGACUAGGGAGGGCGAUGACCGCUCGUCAGCACAUCAUACCAGCACUGACUGACUCAGUCACGCCCUUGGGAAGCUGGUGUGAGAUUGUUGAGCCACGAAGCCUCCCUUUAGAAGCCGCUCUUCAGAAGCCUCUCUUAAAAGCCUCUUAUCUGAGAUCUGAGAUCGGCUUACUGAUUCCGCGUACUACGGAACGGCUAAACUAGCAGUACGUCAAGUACUUCAACUGUACUUAACUAUUAGUACCGCUAGCGUGGCUGCUGCUGUACCGGGUAGAUUCCGUCGAUCUCUAGGUAACGUGCCACCCGUUCGCCGGGCCGACACCACCUAGUUCUGCUACUGAUGGCCGAGGCGCUCGUGCUUUUCGAAUCUCCGGCUCACAACAAAAUACUCCGCGCCACCAGUCGUGCCCCCCCCCCGCCAGCAGCAGCAGCGGCGGUGCUGGCGGAGAGUCGAGGCCACGUGGAGAGCCCCCAGCAGCCUCCAGCCGUGGGUCCCUCACCAUCAAGGCCUAGCAGCGACCUGCAGGGGUCUCAGCAGCGCGGGUCGACGCAGCUCAGGUGCCACGUGGCGAGUCCCUGGCGGCCUCCAGCCAUAUCCUCACCCUCAGGGCCUAGCAGCGACCAGCAGGGGUCUCAGCAGCGCGAGAUCGCGGCUUGGCCUGGUAGCAGUAAGCAGCAGAGGUCUCAGGGGCGCAAGUCAAGGCAGCUCACGUGCCACGUGGAGAGCCCCCGGCCUCCAACUGCCACGCUGGCCGAGGAAUCUCCAAGGAGCCUCCAGCCUCCAGAUCCGGAAGCUUCGAAGAGUGUUCGUCUGCACCACCGCAGGGCCAAAAGCGGGAGCAUCUGCUACGACAGCCACGUCAGCAGCCACGUCAGCAGCCCCAGCAGCAGCAGCAACUUGUGCCUAGACCCGCCUAUACGCGCUGCACCACGUGGCACGAGCAGUUGGCAGUUCAAAACACCUCCCAGUCCUACCGGUGUUGCUGACGUGGCACCUGCCAUCAUGAUGACGGAGUGCCCGUUGACAGCUCCUGCUACAGCUCAGGCCGCUUCUGGACAGGGGAAGGGGAAUGGCAGCUCCCUGAACGGUCACAGCAGCCCUCGAUAUAAUCACACCCGGCAAUGCGGACAGGACAGCCCUCGAGACUGCCGCGCUUCUGGCGCUGGCAGCAUUGCCCCGCUGUUCCCGUCAGCUGGCAGCGAACCGUCGCCAUGUGGCGUGCUGAAAAGGAGUCCACGUGGACUCCCUCCCAGCAGGAGCAGCCCCAGCAGCAACAAUGCUGGUAGCAGUAGGGCUGCUAGUAAUAUUGGUAACUUCAGCUCGUCUGUUACCAGCAAGAGCAUGGUUACAACUGCUGACUCACAUCCAUUGUCAUUUGCCCCUGAACUCUCUCCGGACGACUCGGACGAGGUUUGGGGGCCACGGUUUGGAGCCUCGGUACCCUUAGUACGGUCCCCAGCCUCCGAACCUGGCUGGUCUGGGCGGUUUGCUCCAGUGGACCUGGACGAAUGGGGCUCUGCCACGUAUGCUGCUCGGUCUACUCACGGCGUGGGUGUGGCCGAUCCAUUUGGUGUUUGUGACGGCAAGUUUGGGAGCGGCAUUGCUGCUGACAGUGAUCCUGCCGAGGGCGAACUGCAGCGGUUCUGCAGCGUGGGGCACCAUCCUGCUUGUAGGAACCGUGGCUGGGGUGACCCGCACAGCGCUGUCUCUGCUCUGCACGUCCCGCUCUCUGCGCCGCACUGCUCUGCUCCUCCUCCUCCUUUGCACCACCGCAGCUCAGCCAUGAGGCAGCAGCAGCAGCAGCAGCAGCAGCAGCAGCAGCGUGCGGUUCACAGGAGAUCGCACUCCCACGGCACUGCAUUGUCACGCGCAGACAGCUCCGCUGCAUCCCAAGCGCUCACAAGUCACCCGGGUCACCCAGCUUCGUCCCCAUCCGUCACCUCGCUUCAUGGCCGAGGCCGCAGCAAGGCGCUGAAGCACCCGCCUCUCCUUCAGGGAGAGCAGAAGGGGCAGGGGGGGCAGGGGGAACAGAGGCAGCAGAAGGAGCAGAAGAAGCUGAAAGCUGUCAUGCGCAGCCAUGCUGCAAGCAUGAAGCGCCAUGCCGCCAGUGCCCAGCUGGGAAGCAGCUGGACUGGCAGCAACAACAGAGGAAGCUCCUCCCCUGUGAGCAGUGCAGUAGUGGGUAACAGCGGCACUGCGGACAGCAACCUAGGCAGCUCUAGGGCUACAGCGCGCGCGGCUUUGAGCAACAAUAAAGGAAGCUUCUCUGCCAGCAGCCCAGGAGUGGGUAACGGCGGGACUGCAGGCAGCAUCCUAGAGAGCUGUGGUGCUACAGUGUGCCCGGCUUUGUGUGAAGGCACUAACUUUCCUGCUACAGAGUGGGGUGUGCAGAUCAGUGGUUCUGGCACCAGUAGCAGCAGCAUCACCAGUUGGAGUAAAAGCAGCGUCCGUCAGACCAAGAGCAGCAGCAGCACUCAGAGCACCAGCAACAGUAUCUCUGAGAAGGGAGGGGGAGAAGAGAGGAAGGGGAUGGAGAGGAAUGGGAUGGAGAGAAAUGGGAUGGAGAGGAAUGGGAUGGAGAGGAAUGGGAUGGAGAGGAAUGGGAUGGAGAGAAAUGGGAUGGAGAGGAAUGGGAUGGAGAGGAAUGGGAUGGAGAGAAACGGGAUGGAGAGGAAUGGGAUGGAGAGGAAUGGGAUGGAGAGGAAUGGGAUGGAGAGAAAUGGGAUGGAGAGGAAUGGGAUGGAGAGAAAUGGGAUGGAGAGGAAUGGGAUGGAGAGAAAUGGGAUGGAGAGGAAUGGGAUGGAGAGGAAUGGGAUGGAGAGAAAUGGGAUGGAGAGGAAUGGGAUGGAGAGGAAUGGGAUGGAGAGGAAUGGGAUGGAGAGGAAUGGGAUGGAGAGGAAGGAGAGGAGGGAUGAGAGGAAGGCGAGGAUGGCAAUGCAAGAGGGGAUACAGAAGGAAACAGCGAGGAAAGAGGGGAACCCUAGGAGUAGCUUGACUCUAAGAAGCAGCCUUACUUUGGCGAGCAGCGUCAGCGCGAGCAUCCGAACGAGCAUCAGCAGCAGCCUUGCUGGCCGGUGGAGCCAACGACUCAGGAGGAGCACCAGCAGCGGGAAUAGCAGCGGGAGGGGCAGCAGGAGAAGCAGCGGGAGGGGCAGCAGCACCCAAACACGAGGUUCGGCAGGUGAGAUGUGUGAGGCACAAGGCAGUGAGAAGGCGAGUGAAUUUGGGAGUGGCCGGGGGAGUGGACAAGGGAGUGGACAGGGAAGAGAGGGCAGGUCCUGGAGGAGGAGCAACAGCUUCGGCCUCAGCAGCAUCGCCAGCAGCAUCAGCAGCGGAUUCCCGUGGCACUCAACUGAUAGCGACAGCGCCGUAACGCCUGGCAGCGUCACUAGCAGUGGUACCGAUGUUACCAGUGGUACAGGUGUUACCAAUGGUGCCAACACAGGCACCGGUGCUUUUGCCUCCGAGUCUCGACCACCCCGGGCCAGGAGGUCCCAGAGCUGGGUGAGGGUGCGGCAGCAGCCCCGCAAUCCGUGGGAGGCAGAAGGCAUUGAUUACAGCUCCAAGGGGAAUAGUGCUGAGAAGGGUGUGAAACUUGAUGGCCAGUCAACGGAGUCAAAGGGGUCAGUGGGGUCAAUGGGGUCAAAGGAUGACCCAAGGACGGGAGGCAAGAGCAGUAGGCAAGGCCAUGACCUUCAUUCGGCUGAGGUGGCAGAGGGCAUGGCGUGCUCUUUUCAUCAUCAGCCGCACCUGGAAACACGCCAGGCAAGGUGCUCUCAUAGGGAUGAUACUCUACAAGGGCAUGGCAGUGGGAAUGGGCAUGGGAAUGGGAAUGGCCAUAGGCAUGGAAGCGGGUACCAGCAGGCAAGCAGGUGGACCUUGAAACAAUCACACAGGUUUUUGAGCCGGUUGAGAAAGGAAGUAACGUUCAAGGGAGAAGUUGAGCACAUCUUGUAGCCGUGAAAGGUUUUCGAGACCAGACAGCAAGCGAAAGGCUCAGAGAUGCACACAGAUAUCUCUGUGGAUUUCAUUUGUUUCCGCUUAGGGUCCCAACCUGUAUGCAACCUGCCUAUUAUAUGGAUGGAGCUUGUUUGAUUUCAUUCUACAC